AUCUGUGACCUGAGCGAAUAGAUUCCAGAGAAAUAGAUUCUGACUUUUGAGUAGGACUAGGUUUUAGUACCUAAAUUAUGUACAAAAUGGGCUGCUUAAUUUGAUAAAUCAUAAAAUGUGAAUUUUAGGAACAAAAAAUAAUUUAAAUGUCGAUGUAGAUAUUUUAUUUAAAAUUUAUGUGCGAACUACAAGCGAAGACCUACUUAUUUGUGCAUUUACAGUUAUCCGUGGAACACGUAUUUUGUGCAUAGAGUUCAAGUAUUGAAUUAGGCCACAUAGCGAUCUCUCCCUAAAAUACCGCUGGUUGUCUGAGUGUCGACGUAGGUAAGAAGUUUAACUUGAUUGAGGCGGGAGAGUGAUGAUUACAAUUCGGAAAGGCCGUGAACUACUGUGAUGUCAUCAAAAGGGGAAACAGAGGCUGAUUCUGGCACCGUGUCGCCAAACCUGUCGACUGUUAAAAAUGAAGUGGCACCAGCACCAGUUAAAGAAACUCCAAAGCGGGGAAGUGGUACAUUACUUAAAUGUACUACAUGCAACAGUUUUAGCACAUUAAGUAGUCGAGCUUUAAAUACACAUAUGGCGCAGUGUUCACCAGAUAAUAACAAUGUAGCAGCAGCACAGAACAAUGAUGCUCGACCACACCGUAAACUAUUUGAGUGUGAUGUCUGUAAUAUGAAAUUUUCUAAUGGUGCUAAUAUGCGUAGACAUAAAAUGCGACACACAGGUGUCAAGCCAUAUGAAUGUCGCGUUUGCCAGAAAAGAUUCUUUAGGAAGGAUCACCUUGCAGAACACUUUACAACUCACACCAAAAGCUUGCCAUAUCAUUGCCCAAUAUGCAACAGAGGUUUCCAGCGUCAGAUUGCCAUGCGUGCACACUUCCAAAAUGAACAUGUUGGCCAGCAUGACCUUGUCAAAACUUGCCCUCUGUGUAGUUACCGUGCACCGACUAUGAAGAGUCUCAGGGUUCACUUUUUUAACAGACAUGGAAUUGAUCUUGACAACCCUGGUCCUGGCAACAGCCCUGUUUCCCUUCUUGCUGCUGGAAUUGCAAAUGCUGCUUAUACUGAUGGUACAAUGGAUGCAACAACUUUAAAUGCACUUGGUGCUCUUGGUUCUGGCUUAUCAGUUUCUGUUGCAACUACCUAUUCAGACAGUGGUGAUAGCAAUGGAGAGAGAUCGUUAGACAAUGCAACACCCCCUAUGCACUACUUGACACCCCAUGUAGAAAUAUCUAUGGCAGAUAACAAUGAGACCUUUUCACCAGGACAAACCAACCACACUGGCAAUGCAGAAUCACGAAUGAAUGGCGAAGGACCGAGUUCACCACAGUCUGGUGACAGUGCAAUUGCAAGCAGUUCCCUCUCUGCAGGUCUUCCAACGAACCUUACACCAUCCAUUACUCUGAUACCAAUCAAACAGGAACCUAAUGCCCAAGAGGAGUCCAACUCAAUGGAUCGCGAAGGAGAGACAAAUGGUGGUGAGAAACGCGACGUGACCUCAAGCCUCAGUUCCAUGAUAAAGGUGUCGCCACUGAAGAGCUUGUUGCGAGAGGAUAUUCGGCGAAGAAUCUCUGCUAGAGGGCGCACCAGGGCUUCUAAUGCUUCUCGAGCAUCACCGUCAGAAGGUGGUGUUAUAACAUCAACUCAUGGAGAUACAGCCCUACUGCCAUCGCAAUUGGUAUGCACAUUCUGUUCUAUAACAUUCCCGGAUUCCACGCUAUACUUCCUUCACAAGGGCUGUCACUGCGACUCUAACCCGUGGAAGUGCAACAUCUGCGGGGAACAAUGCUGCAAUGUCUACGAGUUCAAUUCCCACCUCCUCAGUAAGAGCCAUCAAUGACUGUUUGCAGGGGGGAUGUUACAACACAUGCGGUAGGUGUCUACAGUCUGUUUAAUUAUACAGCGAAGUCUAUUGCUGUCUUUAUCAUUUUUUAAAUUUUAAAUUCAGACAGCAAUAUUCUUAAUGUAUAAUAAUAAACAAGUAUUGUACAAGCCAGCGUGUGUCUAUGCUUCAUGAUGCACUCAAAUUAAGCACUUCGAAGGUACUUCACACCACUUCAUGCUAUUCUAUUGUCUGCUAAGACAUAUAUUGUUUUAAUGCUGUAAUUAGGUUGUUACAAAUUGUGUUUGAUUACAAAUACAAAACUCAAUGUUUCUUCUCUUUUCAUAAUCGAUUUCUUCACUAUACUUAAUACCUAAUUAUGAAGUUCUUCGAACAUGCUACUUAUGAACAUCCCCCCGAAGCGGUUUAAAGUGCGAGAUGAAGAUUUAAAUUAAUGGUCUCCAUAGGUGAUUGAUGAUUGAUAAGAUAGAUAUUUUAGUACUUAAUUAUUUGUGGUAUCUAUAAGGAAAUUACGAAUAAUUUGUGACCUGAUUUGGUUAGAAGUGAUGUAUAAAGUCGAAGGUAACCUUUAGCAUUCCAAAUUGUAACAAUGCAUUCCAUGAAAUGAGAUUGACUAACGAAGCCUCAGGUGGGGAAUGGUUUUAUACUUAUAUUGUUAUCUUGAAAAGAUUUUAUUUAUUACUUAAUUAAUUUCAAGUACUUAAUUGUACAGAGAGAGAGUUAUACAAAUCAAUAUUUAUAGAAUAUGUUGGUGCGAUAGUAAAUUUUACAAAUGUUUUAAGAGAUGGAUAUAGAUUGUACAAAUUAAAAUAUUUUAUACAUUACGUUGUUGAAGAGAUGUUUAUUUAAAAGGCAAAGCCUAUUCGCUCUAUAUUACCGAAUAGUGAUCUUAACACAGGCAGGAAUUAAAAAUUCUACAUUCCGUUAUAAAAUUAUUUUAAUCGCAUCUAAUGCAAGUCCACGACUAAUACUAACUAGAUUUUUGUUUUGUUGUUAUGUUAAUUUAUUUAUUUUAUUUCUAAAAUAUAUUGUGAUGUUGUCCACAUCAUGUACUUAAGCGGAAUAUUUACAUUAAUAAUUAUUAUUAUAGUGUGAUGGUAUACUAUGUGUACUGCUCAAUAUAUCGAUGGCUCAACUUAAUGACGCGUUAAACCAGCAAUCAUAUAGUCGCACAAAAUAAUUCUCUAACAUUCCUAACUCUAAAUAUGACUCAUUCUUAAACAUACUAAAAACGCGGACUGUGCUCAACCACAAAAAUAUAUUGCAUUGCUUAUUUUACCGAGGUUUUAAGUGUAAAAAUCAAUAUUUUGACAGCCAUCACGAUAUUUGUUGUACAUUAACUUAAUUAUUUAUCAAAAGCGAAGGCGAGGUUAUAUUAGAAUGCAAUAUUAAUUUAUUUUGUAUAACUAGAUAAUUGGUGCGGUUAUUCAUUCCAGUAGACGGUAAGUACUUAAUAUCGGUUGUGGUCUUGCCUGGUAGGUUAACAAAAUCAUAUUAGACGGAGAUUGUUCACCAACGAUAAUAUUAUGGUGUUAUGGUGCGUAUAGACUGGUGAAACGUAACAUCAAAUGUACCAUGCAAUGAAAGAAUUCGCCGUACAAAUCGCUGCGAUGUACUAGGAUGCCGCAGAACAAAAUUAAUCAAACAACAUUUGGUUAAUCGGCUAAAUUUUUAAAUAAAUAUAAAUAGCGCGUGCUGAUUUAGAAUAAUUUGUAAAUCAUGUUUAUUUUUAAUUGUAAUCAUUGAAUCAAGUCGAAAUUCAAAAUUCUGUCUCGACAAUAACUUAGAAAAUUUCGAAAGCUUUCUGAGUUCAAAAAAUUUUUAAAUCGGUCAAAAAAUGGCCGAGAAACAAAUUAACACGGAAAUCAAUUGGAGUCACCCGGUGGGACCUCCGCUCAGCUUCGCUCAAUCAUGAAAGGUAACACUAUCUCAUAGUUUGGACGUCUUGUGUGCGCAAAACGAGCAUUUCAUGCGCACAGGCCACGCGGAGCGAUCUGUGAUAUGUCAGUGAGUAAACACAAAGGGGUGCGUUUACGGCUGAACGAAUUCGUAGUGAAUGUGCGGUAUGCGUUCACGGUUGCAGCGAACAUGCGAUGAAACGUAGAAUGACACAUUUCAUGUUACGUUGCACCAGUCUGUACGCACCUUUAAUUGUUAUGUUUACAAUGUAGAGUCGGAAAGCGCGGUGGUAGUCCGUCCAACCGAUGACCUUAGAGAGUUACCUGACGGAUCAAUAAUAUAUAUUUAUAUAGAUUCUAUAUUGUUUUCAUUGUUGAAUAUAUUGUAUAGAUUUGAAGCCUAGGUGUGUAUUGUAAUGUGGUCCCUACCGUCGCGCCGCUAUUAAGCUCGUAAGUAGGUAAUAAUGUAAUUCGGUAACCCCGUUUGGGCGCCUUCACUUAAUCCGUCCAUAUCUUACGAUAGAUAUUGCCUUUAACUAUUUAAUAGAUAUAGUAUAUUUUAUAGCCGUUAGUUAAAUUAAGCUGAUUUUAAUUAGUGAGAAUCGGAAAGGUGAAGAGCAUAGUUGAGAAAUUAUAAACUAUGUUAUGAUUUGUAUGUCAUUUUUAUGUAUAAUAAUGCUAAGACAGAUAAUAAUUGCAUUGGGAUUAACUCGGUACUUUUUUAUUUUUUCAUCACAUUGGAAGCAUGGGAUAUUUGUUUAAUUUUAGGGUAAGUGCUAAUUUAUAUCGUGGCGGUAAAAGUGCCCGUUAAAGUUAUUGAGAAUCUUCAGGUAUGUAUAUCAUGGGACUAUACACUACUUAAUGUCAAUUUGAUGGUGAACAGAGCAGUAUUUAAAGACAUACUACGUUAUUUUUGUAAAAUAAGUAUAAGAGAUGAGGUCUUUAUGUAUAUAAGAUAGAAUAGGUAUAGAUAUCACGACAUGCUUGACACGGCCCUUUAUUUUAUGACAUUUGGUUCUUGUUUAUGGCAACUCUAUUACGUUUCUUUAUGGAUUCCGGAUUUUCGUUACAAAAUCAAAACUAUUUUAUUUUUUAAACAGCAAACAUUUAAACGGUAAAGCUUUAUAACUCGAUCUGAAACCUACAUAUUGUCUUAAAUAUUGAAAAGGUUAAAUGGAUUGAUUUUUUCUUAAAAACUAAAUCGGGUGACAGUACAGCACAGUGGUGCCAACUUAAUUUUAGAUGUGGCUUAAUCUCCAUAGCAAAUGCGUAGAGUUGCCAUCAUAAAAUAAACAUAUCCUUACUUCUAAUUAAUUAUCAGUAGUUUUAGCAGUCCUCACCUUAAUACCAAAACACAUCUUACCAACAUUUUAAUUAUUGUUAUAAGUUGUUACUUGUAUAACAGUAUAGUUUAGGAUUAAUUAAUUGUAAACAUAAGGAUGGUCGUUCAUGUUUUACUGUUUAAUCUAUUGUUUUAUUAUUAAUGACACUAACAUUUUUAAGAUCCAGUUGUGGACUAAAACGUGAUAAGGAAAUAUCAUUUAUAUUAUAUUUAUCUAGUAUAGCAGAUUGUGCCUUAGAAUGGUAAUAAAGUAAAUGUUUUCGAAAUUUACACUGAUAUUUAGAAACGAGUGUUAAUAUUAUUUAUCUCACGUUAAAAGAUAUAUUUAGACAAAUCAAAAAUACUUAAAUGUUAUUUAUUUAUAGUAAAUAUAUUGCAAUAUGGCUGUUUUGCUUGUUAUAACGGUAAAGUUUAUUUGCAGUUGAUAUAUACAUCAUCCUGUCAUGGUGAUCUAGAAUUUAAAAAAAAGGUACUUAUUACCGAGAUAAUAUAUUGUAAUAUUAUUUAUUUACUUAUAGUGAAAUUGGUAAAGGGUCUAUUAAAAUAUUAAUAAACUAUGAGAUAAAAA